UAUUGAGAAAUUAAUGCUCUUCUACCAGUAUAUGGUAUAGGAUGGUGGCAAACAUAUUGGUUUUACCUUGAUGGAUAAAUUCAAACUCUUUUACGAAUCUGAAAUUACUUUUGUGAGACUUAAUGGCCUUACUUAUGGUUAUAACUAUGUAUCAUAAUUUUAUCGUACUUGAUGUGGAAUGGCUCAAAUAGUUAUAAUUACUUGCUCUAAAUGGCAGGUCAUCAGGUUAUCUGCUGCCACCCAGGAUCUCCCAAGAUCUCUGGUCUGUAAUGUGCAUGGAGUCAAUCCAAAAUUCCUUCAGAUUGGGAUGAAAACAAGAGAAAAACAGCAAAAGGAUAACCAAGCUUUCAGCAAAGGUGUCUACUACAUUGGAAAAAUGUUGUGGAGUAAAGGAUACAAGGAGCUACUUAGACUCUUACGUGAUCAUCAAAAGGAACUUACUGGAUUGGAGAUCAAUUUACACGGUAGUGGUGAGGAUUCUGCUCAAAUUGAGGCAGCUUUUAAGAAGUUGGAAUUGGCAGUUAAGGUACAUCCUGCACGUGACCAUGCAGAUCCUUUAUUUCACGACUAUAAAGUGCUUCUUAAUCCAAGCACCACGGAUGUAGUUUGUACAACCACAGCUGAAGCACUAGCGAUGGGUAAAAUAGUUGUAUGCACCAACCAUCCAUCAAACGAAUUCUUUAUGCAGUUCCCAAAUUGCAGAACAUAUGAUGACAGUGAAGGGUUUGUUAAAGCGACACUUAAGGCAUUGUCUGACGAGCCUGCUCCACUGGCUGAUAAACAAAGGCAUGAACUUUCUUGGGAAGCAGCAACCGAGCGAUUUCUGGAAGUAGCACAGCUGGACGUCACGCCAGUAAGGAAACAAUCAAAGACUACUUCAAAGUCUUUUCUAUCGACAUCCUUAAGUUUAAAGAAAAAACUUGAGGAUGCAUCAGCGGGGGUACAUUUUGUGGGGACUGGAUUUCUGAGUUCACAACCGGAUGAAGAGCAAUGUAAGGAGCUGGGAUUGUCUAUUCCUUCAAAGAAAAAGGGAUUUUCUUCUGGAAGAUGGAUCUGAGGCGCAUACUCUGCAGGCUGUGUUCUCUAUUAAUACUGUUAACAUCUCUACUUUUUGACAGCCAACAAUAUUUGAGUUUCUUUCUGUUGACAAUCAUGGAAUUUUGCUGUUCUAUUGCAAGGAUGGGUUUUUAUUUGUUUGGUUGUUGUUGUACAGACUCUUUUGGCUCCCAAAUGAGCUUUGUUUUUUAGAAAGGACAAAUCAACUCCUUGUAUAUAGGAUGUAACUUAUAUCCACUGACAGUGUAAUGAAGACUUUACAUUAAUCAGUGCAAUUUAUUGGUCCAAUCAUGCA